AGUACGUAGCUGUUUUUACAUUAGGUAUGGAGAUAGAGGCCAACGGCAGCGACAACUGCGGCGGCGACGGAGGUAGAGAUAUGGAAAUGUUUGAAGAAUGUGAUCAGGGAGGCCGGGGAGGGGCAUAUUUGGUAUGGGAAGAUCUGACGGUGGUGCUACCCAACUCCGGCGGCGGCUCAUCUCCGAAAAGUCUGCUCAGAGGUAUCAACGGCUACGCCGAACCGAGUCGGAUAAUGGCCAUUAUGGGUCCUUCCGGCUCCGGCAAGUCCACCCUUCUUGAUUCCUUAGCAGGUAGGCUGUCAAGGAACACUAUAAUGACUGGAAAUAUUCUUCUUAAUGGGAAGAAAAGGAGACUUGAUUAUGGGGUUGUGGCUUAUGCAACACAAGAUGAAGUUUUAUUAGGUACUCUUACUGUAAGGGAAACAAUUACUUACUCGGCAAAUUUAAGGCUCCCAACGUCUCUAAGAAAGGAAGAGGUAAACGAUAUUGUCGAGGGAACAAUAAUGGAUAUGGGUCUCGAAGAAUGCGCUGAUCGAGUGAUCGGAAACUGGCAUUCUCGGGGCAUUAGUGGCGGGGAGAAGAAGAGGGUUAGCAUUGCCCUUGAGAUUCUCACUCGCCCUCCAAUAUUGUUCCUAGACGAGCCCACAAGUGGCCUUGACAGUGCAUCGGCCUUCUUUGUGAUCCAAUCACUUAGAAGCAUAGCCCAAGAUGGUAGAAUAGUUGUUUCAUCCAUUCAUCAACCUAGCAGCGAAGUAUUUGCACUAUUUGAUGACUUGUAUUUGCUCUCUGGAGGCGAAACCGUCUACUUUGGUGAGGCAAAAAUGGUCAAUAAGUUUUUUGAAGAAGCGGGAUUUCCAUGCCCGAGUAGAAGGAAUCCUUCCGAUCAUUUCUUACGUUGCAUUAAUUCAGACUUUGAUGUAGUAACAUCUACACUUAAAGGAUCACAAAGACAUCGUGAAUCUGGACAAACUUCCGAUCCAAUGAUGGAAGUUCUGACAUCGGAUAUCAAAAGAAUUCUAGUUGAUAAGUAUAAAUCAUCGGAAUACGCAUUCAAAGCGCGACAAAGAAUCAAAGAACUUUCUACCAUUAGAGGAGUGGACUUAGAGGUAAAAUGUGGAAGCGAAGCGGGAUGGUUGAAACAACUCUUGACAUUGACAAGGAGAUCAUCUGUAAACAUGUCAAGAGAUUUUGGAUACUAUUGGUUACGACUAGCCAUAUACAUAAUCUUGUCAAUUUGUGUUGGCACGGUCUUUUUUAACAUUGGCACGGAAUAUACGUCGAUCUUAGCUCGGGGAGCAUGCAGUGGCUUCAUAUCGGGUUUCAUGAUAUUUAUGUCCAUUGGAAGCUUCCCAAACUUUAUAGAAGAGAUGAAGGUGUUUUACAAGGAACGACAAAACGGGUAUUAUGGAGUCACGGUUUUCAUUCUCUCAAACUUCAUUUCUUCCUUCCCAUUCUUAAUUUUGAUAUCGAUGUCCACGGCAACUAUAACUUAUUUCAUGGUGAAAUCUCGGCCUGGAUUCUCUUAUUACGUGUUUUCUUGUCUCAACCUACUUUUCAACUUAUCCGCCAUAGAGAGCUGCAUGAUGGUGGUAGCUUCAAUAGUUCCCAACUUCUUGAUGGGAAUCAUAACCGGGGCUGGAACACUAGGAAUAAUAUUGAUGACAUCGGGGUUCUUUCGGUUGCUAGACGAUCUUCCAAAAGUAUUCUGGCGCUAUCCGAUGUCGUACCUCAGUUUCUUGUCGUGGGCACUUCAGGGUGAAUACAAGAAUGAUUUUCUUGGACUCGAGUUCGAUAACCUAAUCCCGGGGACUCCAAAGAUAAAAGGAGCAUAUGUGUUAACGAAGAUGUACAAGAUCCCUCUAGACCAUUCGAAAUGGUGGGACUUGUUUGCAAUUCUUAUAAUUCUCAUAUCAUAUCGAGUCAUAUUCUUCAUUAUUCUCAAGCUCAAAGAGAGUGUCUCACCGAUUUUCAAUUCGUGGUAUGCAAGGGGAGUGGCUCACAUAUUUAACAAGAGGCCCGCGUUUAAAAACAAAUCGACGUUCGGUUCUAUGAGGCACAUUCCUCCUCGUUCAUUGUCUUCUCAAGAAGGACUUAGUUCUCCAAUUCUCUAAAAACUACUUAGUUUGAACUAUGUGGUUUUUGUAAUAUAAAUGGUAUAAUUUUAUUGGAAUUAUGAUUCCAAUAAAAUGUUACUA